UAUUUUUGUUUUGUUUUAUAGGAACCUCCAAAAAUUAAGUCUCUUUGGGGAUAUAAGCAUUCUGCAGCAACAUGGAAGUAUAUCAAAUACAUACCUCGGCAAGGUUGACCCUGAUGGCAAAAAAGUUAAGCAAAUACAACAGCUGUUUGAAGAGAUAUUAGGCAAUAGCAGGCAAUUGAAAUGGCUAUCUUGUGGGUUUAUGCUACAAAUAGUAACUCCCACAUCAUUGUCCUCCUUAUCAAACCCCAUAGCCAACACCAUGGAACAUCUGAGCUUAUUGGACAACCACAUCCCUGGUAAUACCACUCUUAUCACUGCGGUUGAAUUGGAGCGCUUUGUGAAUCUGCGUUCGCUUGCUUUGGAUUUCUGUGAUUUUACAGCUGAAAUGGCAAGAGUCCUGGCUGAUAGCAACCAUGUGCCUUUGCAUCGACUGUCUCUUCUGGUCCACAGUGUUUCCAUAAUGCACAAGUCCUUGGACAGUAUGCCAGAAGAUGAGAACUGGAAGGCGUUGACACGCAACAGCACUAAUCUUCGGGUCUAUAUAAUGGCUUUUGAUGUCAAGAGUGAUGAUAUGUUAAGGAUUCUUAAGCCCGGUAUCCCCCUAGAGAGGAUUCACUUUGACAGCUACAUCACUUGUGUUUCAGGGGCUGUUGUUGAUCUCAUAUCCAGGCAGUACGACAAGUUCCUCACUCACUUUAUAUUAAUGAAUGAUGUGAUAGAUAUGUCUGGCUUCCCAGAUCUUAGUGACAACCGGAAUGAAGAUCCACUUGUCUUAUUAGCCUGGAGGUGCACAAGACUCUCUCUUCUAGCUGUUCAUGGUUACACGGUUUGGGCUCAUAAUCUUAUUGCAAUUGCUCGUCUUCGUGGCUCUGAUCUGAAAGUUCUUGAAGUCACAGAAGAAAGCAUUGAUUUUGACCAAGGAGAACUGGCUGAUCAGGAUGUGGAUCCAGUACAUAAUCUCAUUGAGCAAGUGUCCCUUGGAUUGGGUCGACCUUGGCAUGCAGUCAUGGACAUAGAAUUGCUCAGUGUCUUCACUGAGCCAACCCGUCAUUUUUAUAGAGAGAUGCAAAGCUUCAGUGAAGGCAUUUAACUCUUUAUUUACAAUUCCUGUGGUUACAUAUGCAAGUAGGGUCCUAUUAUGUUUUUUCAGUAGCGUGAAUUAACCCCUUUUGUGCUGUGUUUAAUCAGUAUUAGCUAUAUAGAAUUAUAUAUGUGUAUUCUACUUCUUGAUCAAAGAACGUAGUCGGGUAUUGGUUUAGAAGCUGAAAGUGGCAGUGUUUAGGGUUUUCACGGUUAAUGGACUUGUCUACCAAACCUUAUAGAUAUACAGCCAAAGGCUGUCUGAGGUUGCCGGCUAACUUUAUUUUUAUUGAGUAACUGCAUUUUGAAUGAUUUUACAAUUAUCUCGCAGUUCUGUGCUCAGGAGCCAACUCUUUUUAAUAUCCAUAGCCCAGUGGAUUUGUAUGCAGUCUUUGUUUGCUUUAUCUGGUAGCAUGCUACUUAAUAGGCUUAACAGGAAGAGAAGACUAUCCAGGGCUGUUCAUUGUUAAGACUUUCACUUUGCUUUAUUUCACAUGCAGAUUCUGAAGCGUGACUUCCUACCGUUCUCAGUGUUUCUUAGCUGUUAAGCAGUGGUGUGAAACACUAGCUUUUCAGAUAUCUGCACUUGCAGAUUGGCUCCAUAAACUGUAGUCUCUCUGAAUUUUUUUUUAUUUUUUUAUUUUUUUUUGGUAAACGCAGCUCUUGUUAUUCUCAGGUUCUGUCAUCUUCCUUAAAAGUUAGCUUUGGGCCCAGGUUUAACAGAAUAAACAAGAAUAUGCACUCCGAUGAGGUAAAAACAUAACAGUGAAGAUUUCAAUAUAAAGGUAUACACCUGCAAACAAACAUUAGUCGUGAAAUCCCUAGCAACCAAGUCACUGGAUUUUCUCUGUCAGCGCCUGUGUCAGCUGCCAAAGAAUAGAUUAAAAACGAAGAAGUGCCCACAUGCUGGCAGGGGCAGGCCAGCUUUUGGCCAGCCAGAUACUGCUAGAUUGUAAUAUAUAAGGUCGAAUUUCGACCUGUGGUACACAGCUGUGCUGUGGCUCAGUCAGCAACCUCAGAACUCUUAAACAAACAUGCACCUGUUUCACUGUGAAUAGUGAAUGUAAAGGAAGGAAAGGAAGCAAAUACGAAGCUUGUUCUAUCACAGGUAUGAGCUGCUAUGAUGCAUGAAGAACAUUCCAUGAAGUAUGUUUUAAAAUCUUGUUAUAUCUGAGAGGCUUUAAAAGCCGAUUUAACUGUUUCAGGGCAACCGCGGUACAGACGUGGUCUCUGUGAGACUUCCACCUGACCCCAGUUUUAAGUGGUACGAAUGUUGUGCAUUUAAUGUUUAAAGGACAGUCUGCAAUAAUAAAGUAAGUGGCCAACGUGGGUGCCCAGCAGUGCUGAGACCUGGCUGCUAUAUUGUAAGCUUUGGAAAACACAAUUUAUGCAACAGAUGUCCAGAUAUGAUUCUAUUUAUGGAAAAGUUUAUAUGUGUUUUACAAAUGGUUUUACCAUCUUAUAUUAAAAUGACCUUUUGACAGGUGUGCGCUGUUUUGUCUCCAGUGAGCACAUACCAUGCGGAUUUUAUAUGUACAUCAGUAGAGUGAAUCCACUGGCACAGUGUGUGUAUAUGCCAGAUGUGGUGAGAUUUUAUCUUAUAAAUGUGAUCAGAUUAAAAAAAAAAAAAACUCCUGACAGAAAAUGUAAGGAAACCAGCUGAAUGUUUGAAUUGAUGACUGAUGUUGUAUGGUUUAUGUUAAAUGUAUAUUCUUUUAAUCAAUGAAUAAAGCAUUAAAAAUUGAUCACUGUAUAAAAUAUUUUAUUGUAUCAGCAUGAGGAUUUUUAGAAUUAAAUCGCAACAACCAUUCAUAAGCUAUGUAUAACUGGUAGCUCCCGUUGUGCUUAGGUCAACAAAACUUAGAGUCUAAAAUAAGUCAUACGGUAAAAUUUUCUUAUUUGGCUGAUACUUUGUCAACAUUUUUGAGGUGGGGGGAGGAAGGGGAAGGAUGCUUUACUACAGAUCAGAUGAUCAGACCGGUUAGUGCAAACAGUGUAUCAUGAUAUGACUUAUUAGACUAAUACAGUAAACUGUGGAUUGUAGAACAUAAAAGACUAUUCUCCUGCAUCCAUUGCAAUUGCUUAAAUCAAACUCUGAUGUGCUCUAGAAAAAUGUGUAGUACUCUUUUUGGUGUCCCACUAUUAAAUAGAUUAUGAAUACCCACAAUGCUUCAGUUUGACAUUUUAUCUGUACUCAGAGUACGUAACUGUGUAUUCUGAAUGAAAACUGCAAAUGUCUGAUAAGCUGUUGAAGAGCUGCCGUGCCCUGCAGUGGCUGACUGUGCUGUGAGAAUUGUCGGAGUGGCUGUUCUGUGUGUGCGUGCCAAGCACAGAUUUAGCUUGGGCUUCUGAACGUCAUUUUACGGUAGUCCUAGCCACUACAAGAAUUGCAUUGCUUGGUGUUUGAGGAAUCUCCUCUAUCUUGUAGAUUGGGUGAGCAAGAUCAUUUCACAGCUUACACUGAGAGGAAAAAUAGCUUUUGGUGUAGGUAGUGAAGAUAAGGGUGAUAGUUUUUCACAUUUCAGUGAAGGAAAACAAUGGGACUUGGCCACAGUGCCUUUCAGGGCUUAGACUCUAGAUAGUCAUGUCAUAGUGGUAAACGUGGGUAGGCUUAUGUAGCAGUUAAAUCUGGUAGGGAUGGUUCAAAAUCAUCUGGAUUAGGAUGGUGGUCUUAAAAUGAUCAAGAUUUCUGGCUGCUUCUGUGGAACUUCCUGAAGAAAAUGCUAUUGCAUAAUACUAUGGUUCUAUGGAUAGCUGCCUUAUCUAACUUGGGAAGUAACUUAUUUACCUUUCUGUGAUAUGAAUGUGUUCUCUUUCUUUAGUCUAAUGUAUUUUCUGCUUUGUUUUUAAUUAGCCUCUUAAUUGCAAAGGUAAGACAAGGAGUAAGAGAGGCAGGCUACUUGGCUUAUGGUAGAGAGAUGUGCAGUCCUUUCAAUUAUUGCAGUUAUAGCCACCAUAUUUAAAAUGUUCUAUUAGAUCAAUGGAUGUUCAUUAUUAGUACUCCAUAGCUGAUUUUCUAUACAUUUGAAGUCUGACAACUGGAUAUGGCUUGUAUGUCGCAUGUGAAUUCAGUGUAAAUACAUGCAAACUACUAUAAUAGCCUCUGUUUCUGAUGUGUGGUGAGUCUAUUCAGUGAGUUGUGAGAGCGUGGUGAAACCUGUAGCUUGAGUAGUGUAAGAGGAAUACACCUCUGAAUGAUUUUAUUAGCAAUAUGUAUAAGUUGUUGUCUAUAUUUCUAGCAAUGAUCUGAGCUAAGAGUAUCAGGAUGAAGAGAUUCAAACUGAAAUAAUUUGAAAUCAAGAGCUAGGGAACCAAGACACACAAUGUGGAAAACGCAUUUGGAGUGAGGUGUUACAAGCUGUGUGGAUUUGCCUUGUGGUUGUAUAAUCCCAAAUGGGAUUUUUUUUUUCCCCCCCCUUAAAUGGACACCGAUGUCAAGUUAGUCCUGCUGUCUGCCAGGUUUAGUAGUAGUAUUCAGGAACUUGGAACACAAGCCAUCAAGUGUUAAAGCUGGAAUGCUUUUUUUUGGAGGUGGGGGAUGUUUUCCCCACAUGCCCACUUGUCUGACCCUCCUCAGUUAGGCAUAUCUAAGUUCAAUUUAUGGGUUACUAUGUCUUAUUUCCCCUGGCAUAAAUCUGAACUUUUUUUAAACUGCUGGUUUGCAAAUAAAACUUUCAGGUAUUAUUGGAAAAAUACGCUGGAAUUCUUCCUUUGCCUCUGUGGGAUGAUCUAAUCCUUACCUGUCCUGCAUCAUCUUGGUGCAGCUAACAUUUAUUUUGCCCAGAGCUUCAUAUAUCGUUGUGGACACAGAGAGUUUUGGUGGAGGAAGGAAGAAUUUGUUUUGAAGGCAAUUAACUUACUUAUGAGCUGGAACAAAUAUUUAGCCUACACGUUUAGCCUACAAAUACUGCAUUUGUUCAG